AGUUCACAGAUCAAUAACCGAACUGACUCUCACACAGUAAACAAAGAGUUAAUGAGUAAACCAGUCAGAGGUCGUCAGUCUGUCAGACACCAUCUGGACUUCAAGAGGACCUGAUAAUGGACCUGAUUCUGGUCUUUAGUCUCUGCUUUUGGACGGCUGCUGCCAGGACGACAUACAGCAAUAAACCCAAGCUGAUAGUGAGCUCAGAGAUGGAGGACGGACAGGUGUUGGAGGUUACCUGUAUAGUUCCUGUGGAUUACACUGGAGGAGCCUGUCGUCUGUUCAGAGAAGACUCUCAGACGCCGUUCAGGCUGCAGACCGCCACCAGCUACCUGUGCUUGUUCCGGCUCACCUCUCGGGAGCUGCUGGGGAGACACCUGGUGGGCAGCCGGGUCUUCCUCAGGUGUGACUACCGCCUGCAGCAGUACACCUCAGAGUCCAGUGACACCAAGGGAGUGACCGUCUGGGGCAGCAGUCCCAGUCCUCGUCUCUCUGUCAGUCGCCGCUUCGUCUCACCUGACGACAGUGUGGAGGUCACCUGUUCUCCGCCACUCCGCCCUGUCUUCAGCUGUCACUUCUACAGAGGUGAGGUGCCCGUUGCAGAGGGGUCCUGCAGCAGGAACCUGACUGGCAAGCAGCUCGCCAUCUGGGAGAAGAGCACCCUGCUACUUCCUGUCAACAUGACCUGCAGAUACGAUCCAUACAGAGGACGAGACAUCCGCUCCGAGCCCAGCAACCACAACCUGCUGUUUGUUGUCGACGUGAGUCAAGUCUCCACAUCAGUGGACUGUAGAGUCUCAGUGGAGGACGAUCAGCUGACGGCGUUCAUUGGCAGCAGCUGGACGUCUGUAGGUGCAGACGGACAGACGGUCACUGUUCAGGUGACAAACAGCAGCCUGACGUCCAACGAGACCUGCAACAACCUCCAGAGUCAGACCAGACUGCACUAUUAAACAUUUACCUUUAAUUAUUAAUGAUAAUCACUAAGGAAACCUUGUGCAUAAUGAUAAAUACAUUCCUUCAUAUUAAAGACUUCCUGGACAGUUCA